AUGUACCGGGUGUCACCGUUCACGUACAUUGUCGCAGGCAUGCUAUCGGUGGCGGUCGCCAACACCAACGUUAUCUGCGCCGACAAUGAGCUCCUCAGCAUUGUGCCACCGUCCGGCGAAUCGUGCUCCGAGUACCUGGGUCCCUGGAUGGAGCAGUUCGGCGGUUACCUCACCGACGCCACCAUCAACUCGACCAGCGAGUGCCAGAUGUGCACCAUGGACAAGACAAACACCUUCCUGAACUCGCUCAACAUUGACUACGCCGACCGCUGGAGAAACUUCGGCAUCGGCUGGGCGUUCAUCAUCUUCAACAUCUUCGCGGCGCUUGGUCUGUACUGGCUGGCGCGUGUGCCCAAGAAGGGUGGCCUCUUCGGCAAGAAGAAGCAGGAGUAAGCUGGUCCUGUUGUGGACAGAAAAAGACGGAAAAGCCACGCGGGCGUAGACAACCCCUUGGCACGUCAUGAAUGUGUUUUGUAGUCUCCCCAACAUAUAUCCUGUCCAUACUAUGUUUUCCUUUUAUUUAUCAUGUCCAGCUUCGCCGGUCGUUUCUGUUGACCGGGCUGAGGGGCAUGACGGCGUCUGGGUUGCCCAGGAGAGGGCGUAGACUUGCAUAGUCCUGCAACUUCUGCAGACGGUGGAUUUGACACGAGUAAUAGAUGCCAGUCAAAAUGAAA